CUCUCUCCAAUGUGAAGUUAUGGGCCAUCGACCGACAAUGCUUUCAGACUAUUAUGAUGAGAACGGGCCUGAUCAAGCACACCGAAUACAUGGAGUUUUUAAAAAGGUGAGGAACAGAAAGACUAUACUUCUAGAUACUACUACAAUACAAAAUAUAUUUAUUAAUAUACCAGACUUAUUCGACCUAGGGUUGGUGAUAUUGGAGUGAUUUACCAUUGAAGUCCCACUGUCACAUUUCCCCAUUCGUAUUGUUACAUAAUGUCUCCUUUACAUUUUUUACGCAAGUAAGCAUCCACCGUACCGGAAAAAAUAGACAUCCCUUCUUCCUGCUCUCUUUCUUCUCUCCAUCUGAUGUUGACAUUAGCAUAGGGUUUGGCAGAGGAGAGGGGCUGAAGAUGGGGAAGUCUAUUAUCAUAUUAAAGGCAGAUAGACUCAUAUCGUUGCACCCACACACUGUGUGGAAUAAAAUAAGUCCUCAUCAAAAGAUGGAGGGAGAGGAGAGUGUCAUAUACAUCAUACAGGAUGUAUGAGAUGCCUUGGAAGUGUACUGCCUUCACUGCUUUCCCUCUAAGUCCCUCUGUCUGUCCCUCUUAUUGGGCGGCAGGUAGCUUAGUGGGCGGCAGGUAGCUUAGUGGUUAAGUGCGUUGCGCCAGUAACCGAAAGGUCGCUGGUUCUAAUCCCCGAGCCGACUAGGUGAAAAAUCUGUUGAUGUGCCCUUGAGCAAGGCACUUAACCCUAAUUGCUCCUGUAAGUCGCUCUGGAUAAGAGCGUCUGCUAAAUGACUAAUUUAUUUAUUUAUAUUGUCCCCCUGUUCUGUCUUUUACUAUCUGACGUCUUUCUUUCUUUCUUUCUUUCUUUCUUUUUUUCUUUCUUUCUUUCUUUCGCUCUGCUUUUGUUUUUAUAUUUUAUGAAAAUGGAAUGACAUCACAUUACCUUUCGAUGCGUUUUAUUCAUGCAGAGUUAAUCUGUUUCCCAUAGUUCGAAUUCGUCAAUGCAUAAACAUUGUUUAUCCAUUGAGAGGUUCUCAGAAAUACCCUGCAGGGCCCACUACCACUCAGAGGUUUACAGAUUUUAUUUACUCAGAACAAAGGCCUCAUGAAUCACUCAGUAUUCUCUCUCACUCGCUCCAGUCUGACUUCUAGUGGCAGCCAGGUGGAAGUGAAAGCAGGAAACCAGUCAGCCUUUCACUGUAAUAGGAGAUGCCCUCAAUAGGUGACAUUGCGAGGGCAGUCAAGGAAGGUAGAGAGCCUUCUCAGCUCUUUUUAUACUGCCAUCAUAAUGGAGAUAUACUGUACUGUAUUGUACCAGAUAUACCUUUCUGACCAGAUAAAGCAGUUUGGAGGUAUAUUUUGUUUUCAAUCUAAAGCUACACUGCUCAAAAAAAUAAAGGGAACACUUAAACAACACAUCCUAGAUCUGAAUGAAUGAAAUGAUCUUAUUAAAUACUUUUUUCUUUACAUAGUUGAAUGUGCUGACAACAAAAUCACACAAAAAUUAUCAAUGGAAAUCAAAUUUAUCAACCCAUGGAGGUCUGGAUUUGGAGUCACCCUCAAAAUUAAAGUGGAAAACCACACUACAGGCUGAUCCAACUUUGAUGUAAUGUCCUUAAAACAAGUCAAAAUGAGGCUCAGUAGUGUGUGUGGCCUCCACGUGCCUGUAUGACCUCCCUACAACGCCUGGGCAUGCUCCUGAUGAGGUGGCGGAUGGUCUCCUGAGGGAUCUCCUCCCAGACCUGAACUCCUGGACAGUCUGUGGUGCAACGUGGCAUUGGUGGAUGGAGCGAGACAUGAUGUCCCAGAUGUGCUCAAUUGGAUUCAGGUCUGAGGAACGGGCGGGCCAGUCCAGAGCAUCAAUGCCUUCCUCUAGCAGGAACUGCUGACACACUCCAGCCACAUGAGGUCUAGCAUUGUCUUGCAUUAGGAGGAACCCAGGGCCAACCGCACCAGCAUAUGGUCUCACAAGGGGUCUGAGGAUAUCAUCUCGGUACCUAAUGGCAGUCAGGCUACCUCUGGCGAGCACAUGGAGGGCUGUGCGGCCCCCCAAAGAAAUGCCACCCCACACCAUGACUGACCCACCGCCAAACCGGUCAUGCUGGAGGAUGUUGCAGGCAGCAGAACGUUCUCCACGGCGUCUCCAGACUCUGUCACGUCUGUCACAUGUGCUCAGUGUGAACCUGCUUUCAUCUGUGAAGAGCACAGGGUGCCAGUGGCGAAUUUGCCAAUCUUGGUGUUCUCUGGCAAAUGCCAAACGUCCUGCACGGUGUUGGGCUGUAAGCACAACCCCCACCUGUGGACGUCGGGCCCUCAUACCACCUUCAUGGAGUCUGUUUCUGACCGUUUGAGCAGACACAUGCACAUUUGUGGCCUGCUGGAGGUCAUUUUGCAGGGCUCUGGCAGUGCUCCUCCUGCUCCUCCUUGCACAAAGGCGGAGGUAGCGGUCCUGCUGCUGGGUUGUUGCCCUCCUACGGCCUCCUCCACGUCUCCUGAUGUACUGGCCUGUCUCCUGGUAGCGCCUCCAUGCUCUGGACACUACGCUGACAGACACAGCAAACCUUCUUGCCACAGCUCGCAUUGAUGUGCCAUCCUGGACGAGCUGCACUACCUGAGCCACUUGUGUGGGUUGUAGACUCCGUCUCAUGCUACCACUAGAGUGAAAGCACCGCCAGCAUUCAAAAGUGACCAAAACAUCAGCCAGGAAGCAUAGGAACUGAGAAGUGGUCUGUGGUCACCACCUGCAGAACCACUUCUUUAUUGGGGUUGUCUUGCUAAUUGCCUAUAAUUUCCACCUGUUGUCUAUUCCAUUUGCCCUACAGCAUGUGAAAUGUAUUGUCAAUCAGUGUUGCUUCCUAAGUGGACAGUUUGAUUUCACAGAAGUGUGAUUGACUUGGAGUUACAUUGUGCUGUUUAAGUGUUCCCUUAAUUUUUUUGAGCAGUGUAUUUUUGUAAGCAAACUUUUUGGGAACUAAGACUGAGUGGAGUGUGUAUCAUGGCAGGUAUGGCAGGUGUGUGUUUGAAGCAGAUAUUUCUAAAAGCAGGAUUGAUAGCUAAGCAAGCUAACUUUCAUACACGUUCAGAUACAAAUCAAUAUUUCCUGGUUGAAAACGAGAGUUAAACUUACAUCUGGCUCUUUAUUGCGGACUUUCUACUUGUCUCAUAAUAUUUAUGGUAGUUAGCUCGCUAUCUUAUUGAUCUUUAUACCCCGGGAGGUAAAGUGAUUUUGUAGUUGUUGUAGCGCACUAUAUAUUUUAGAUCCCAAGAAGCUCUGCUUGUAGACAGCUCUGCUAAUAAAAUAUUAAUAAAUAAGCAGUCCAGCUAUCAGAGUUGAGAUAGCUAAGAAUGUGAAAUGACUGAUCAUGGUCAAGUUUGUUAGAUGGACUGCAGGGGUGUGUAGCUCUGGUCCUGGGCCUGGUUUCCCAAAAGCAUCUUAAGGCUAACAAAGUUCAACAUUAAAUCAUUCGUAGGAGCAUCAUGAAAUAUCUGAGCUGUUUCCCAAAACCAUCGUCACUAAAGUUGCACUUGAAAACAUUCGUAAUUUAAAGAGUUUCUUUCUGUCCCCGAAAAUUGCGUACUACAGAUGUAGGAUCUUAAUUUGAGCCAGUUUGCUACAGCAGGCUAACAAUCCUACAGCAACAGGAAAUGUGAUUUUUUUUGUAUUUGUAUUCAUUAUGGAUCCCCAUUAGUUCCUGCCGAGGCAGCAGCUACUCUUCCUGGGGUCCAGUAAAAUUAAGGCAGUUAAACUAUUUUAAAAACAUGACAAUACUUUCACAGAUUUCACAACACACUGUGUGCCCUCAGGCCCCUAUUCCACCACUACCACAUAUCUACAGGACAAAAUCCAUGUGUACGUGUGUGUGUAUGCAUGGGUCUGUGCCUAUGUUUGUGUUGCUUCACAGUCCCCGCUGUUCCAUAAGGUGAUUUUUAUCUGUAAUUUAAAUCUAAUUUCACUACUUGCAUCAGUUACUUGAUGUGGAAUAGAGUUCCAUGUAGUCAUGGCUCUAUGUAGUACUGUGCACCUCCCAUAGUCUGUUCUGGACUUGUAGACUGUGAAGAGACCUCUGGUGACAUGUCUUGUGGGGUAUGCGUGUGUGUCCAAGCUGUGCACCAGUAGUUCAAACAGACAGCUCGGUGCAUUCAACAUGUCAAUACCUCUCAUAAAUACAAGUAGUGAUGAAGUCAAUCUCUUCUCCACUUUGAGCCAGGAGAGAUUGACAUGUAUAUUAUUAAUAUUAGCUCUCUGUGUACAUCCAAGGGCCAGCCGUGCUGCCCUGUUCUGAGCCAAUAGCAAUUUUCCUAAGUCCUUUUUUGUGGCACCUGACCACUCAACUGAACAGUAGUCCAGGUGUGACAAAAGUAGGGCAUGUAGGACCUGCCUUGUUGAUAGUGCUGUUAUUAUGGACAUACUUCUCCCCAUCUUAGCUACUGUAUCAAUAUGUUUUGACCAUGACAGUUUACAAACUAGGGUUACUCCAAGCAGUUUAGUCACCUCAACCUGCUCAAUUUCCACAUUAUUUACUACAAUAUUUAGUUGAGGUUUAGGGUUUAGUGAAUGAUUUGUCCCAAAUACAAUGCUUUUAGUUUUAGAAUAUUUUAGGACUAACUUAUUCCUUGCCACCCACUCUGAAACUAAUGGCAACUCUUUGUUAAGUGUUGCAGUCAUUUCAGUCGCUGUAGUAGCUGACAUGUAUAGUGUUGAGUCAGCCGCAAACAUAGACACUCUGGCUUUACUCAAAGCCCGUGGCAUGUCAUUAGUAAAGAUUGAAAAAAGUAAUGGGCCUAGACAGCUGUCCUGGGGAAUUCCUGAUUCUACCUGGAUUAUGUUGGAGAGGCUUCCAUUAAAGAACACCCCUGUGUUCUGUUAGACAGGUAACACUUCAUCCACAAUAUAGCAGGGGGAGUAAAGCCAUAACACAUAUACAUUUUUUCAGCAGCAGACUAUGAUCGAUAAUGUCAAAAGCUGCACAAAGUCUAACAAAACAGCCCCCACAGUCUUUUUAUCAUCAAUUUCUCUCAGCCAAUCAUCAGUCAUUUGUGUGAGUGCUGUGCUUGUUGAAUGUCCUUCUCUAUAAGCAUGCUGAAAGUUUGUUGUCAAUUUGUUUACUGUGAAAUAGCAUUGUAUCUGGUCAAACACAAUUUUUUCCAAUAGUUUACUGAGGGUUGGUAACAGACUAAUUGGUUGGCUAUUUGAGCCAGUAAAGGGGGCUUUACUUUUCUUAGGUAGUGGAAUUACUUUUGCUUCCCUCCAAGCCUGGGGGCACACACAUUCUAGUAGCCUUAAAUUGAAAAUAUGGCAUAUUGGAGUGGCAAUAUCGUCCGCUAUUAUCCUCAGUAAUUUUCCAUCCAAGUUAUCUGACCUGGCUUGUCAUUGUUGACAGACAACAAUAAUGUUUUCACCUCUUCCACUCUCACUUUACGGAAUUCAAAAUUACAAUGCUUGUCUUUCAUAAUUUGGUCAGAUAUACUUGGAUGUGUAGUGUCAGCAAUUGUUGCUGGCAUGUCAUGCCUAAAUUUGCUAAUCUUGCCAAUGAAAACAUUAUUAAAGUAGUUGGCAAUGUCAGUUGGUUUUGUGAUGAAUGAGCCAUCUGAUUCAAUGAAUGAUGGAGCUGAGUAUGCCUUUUUCCCCAAAAUUGCAUUUAAGCUGCUCCAAAGCUUUUUACUAUGAUUAUUUAUGUCAUUUAUCUUUGUUUCCUAGUGUAGUUUAUUCUUAUUUUUAUUCAGUUUAGUCACAUGAUUUCUCAAUUUGCAAUAUGUUGUGCUGCCAGACUUAUUUGCCAUUCCUUUUGCCUCAUCCCUCUCAACUAUAAAAUGUUUCAAUUCUUCAUCAAUCCACAGGGGAUUUAACAGUUUUUACAGUCAUUUUCUUAAUGGGUGCAUGCUUAUUAGUAACUGCAAUAAGUAAUUUCAUAAAUGUGAAUUAUUAUGUGGAUUAUAAUUAAUAUACAUAUUUUGGGGGGGUUCAUAAUUUUUUGGUUAGGGAAAAUCAAGUCUGACAUUUGAAAGUGGAAAUUACAAACUUUAGAAGCCUUUUUAAACCUUGAAUACAUUACAAGUAUGCAUUUCCUGCCGAGCAGGAAAAUUCUAAGCAACAAAAAAGUGAUCAAACUAAGAUCCGACAUCUGUACGUCACAUACAGUAUGUGCACCACGACAUUGCUCUCUCUCUCACUCUGCUGUGUGUGCAUCCUGCUAGCUGUCACUCAAAUGGCAAGGGGCUGAAGCUCAUUGGCUAGAACUCAAAUUGCAAGGGGGCUGGCACACGUGGGGGGAAAUGUAGAGAAAAUGGCCUGGCACAGCUUACAGAAAUACAGUCGCUUUCAAACUAGGGAUUUCGUGGCUAUUUGAGGUAAGACAGUUAUUCUGCUCAUAGAUUAUGCAUGUAUGAACUACACAUUGACACAUCCAGCCAAAAGUGGGAGAUUUUAAAAAUAGUUAGUAGUCGCCAAAGUUCCAUAGCAUGUCUUUAACGACUGACUCAUAGAAUAGCUAAAUGAGUCUUCAGAUAAUUUUUUGCCCUUCCACAUCACUUUACACACAGACAAUAUCCGCUAAACAUAAUUUCAAAAUGUGUUUCAGUCUCUCUGUAGCUUCAGAGCUUCAGAGCAAUGUUUGCAAUGUGUUUUUAAUUGUUACAAAUAAACAAUGGAUAAAAAUAUGCUUCAAAUAAAUCCAGAGAUCACUGCAUUAAAAGAUAAAUACAGUAUAGGCAACAUCCCAGUAAGCAAAAUCACGUUGAAAAGACGUCUAAAAUACAUAUUUUCUGGAUGUUUAAAUCAGGUUAAUUUUCGUUUCUGAAUAAAAGUUGAAAAUAUAUAUAUUUUUUCUUGCGAUUACCUUGAUAUGUUGUUGUUUAUCUAACUUAGUUGAAUGCACUGACUGUAAGUCACUCUGGAUAAGAGUGUCUGCUGAAAGACCAAAAUGUAAAUGUUAAAACAAACAUUUGGUAAAUAUGCUGGGUAUUAUUCUAAUGAGCUCCGUCCCUCAAAAAGUACAAAUUUGGUCGGUCCGGACCAGAUCAAAUCUGAACAAAUCAUAGACGUCUAUAAUUGGUUCAGAUUUGUUCCGGACUGGACUAAAAAUCAACGUCCGUGGACAUUGAAAUCAAGGCUGGUCUGGACCGCACCUAAAAAAUACGUCCAAAAGAUGUCUGCCUUGGUCCGUGCUUAGUGGGAUAUACCUGGGAACCAAUCAUAUUGAAAUCAAUUUAAUGUUCAAUCAAUUAAGUUAUACUUUGCCAAUUGUAGACUACUUUCUACAUUUUUUGUCUCAAUGUAUUUCAUAAUGUGUAACAACAUGUGUGCAAUGAUGUGCCAACCCGCCUCAAUAUUUGCAGCCAUAUAGGUGAUAAAUGAUAUCUCUCUAGGAGCUUCAAAAAAAAGUAUAAUAUUAAAGGUGCACUAUGCAGAAAUCACUCUGCCUUUUCCUGGUUUCUAAAAUUCUAAUUGUUUACCUAAUUUUAGUUUAUGUGACAAAACAAGCAAGUAUAGUGUAAAUAAUCAUUGUACCAUCUAAACUGCUGUGAAAUAUAUUUUCCAUAACCCAAAAUAUUGUAUUUUCAGCUGUUUGAAACUGGUGAACUAAAGUUAAAAACGCAAAACUAAACAUAAGAACGGGAAGCCAAUAUACACUCGGGUCCCCGAGUGGCGCAGUGGUCUAAGGCACUGCAGCGCAGUGUAAGCUGUGUCACUAGAGAUCCUGGUUCGAAUCCAGGCUCUGUCGUAACCGGCCGCGACCGGGAGACCAAUGGGGCGGCGCACAAUUGGCCCAGCGUCGUCCAGGGUAGGGGAGGGAAUGGCCGGCAGGGGUGUAGCUCAGUUGGUAGAGCAUGGCGUUUGCAAUGCCAGGGUUGUGGGUUUGAUUCCCACGGGGGACCAGUAUAAAAAAAUUAUAAUGUAUGCACUCACUAACUGUAAGUCGCUCUGGAUAAGAGCAUCUGCUAAAUGACUAAAAUGUAAAUGUAAUAUUGCAGCUUUAAGGCCUCCUGUAGCUCAGUUGGUAGAGCAUGGCGCUUGCAAUGCCAGGGUUGUGGGUUCGAUUCCCACGGGGGGCCAGUAUGAAAAAACAGUAUGAAAAAAAGUAUGAAAAAUGUAUGCACUCACUAACUGUACAUCUCUCUGGAUAAGAGCGUCUGCUAAAUGACUAAAAAUGUAAAAAUGUUAAAAAACUGCUUUUCUGUGUUGGAAUGGUGUGGGCAUACCCCAACAACAGAAUGGUGUGUGCGUUUAUCGGUCAUAAAAAAUUGGCCAGCCCAUCCUCCUCAGGGAGAUGACAUCAUGUUCUAUAAGGAAAUAGCAAGACUGUUUGAGAAACAAAUUUGAGGUGGGGUUUUUGAAGUGUUUUUUUUCUCCUAUUUAUGCUUUGGCCACAAAUAUGAGGACUAGUCAACAACAUUAUUUGGAUAUGAGUUAACAGAAUAUGAACUUUUAAAAGUGAGAUUUUCACUGGGCAGUUACUUUAAUUGCCAUCACUAUCGGGAAACCCGGCCCUGGAGUGUCGGCUGCUUUUCAUCAUUGCCAUUAAAUUAGACAUUGAUUACACCUGGGUAACCCAGAUAUCCAUCCUAUCAAUUACCUUAAUUUAUCAGUUAAGGGCCGGGUGGGAUGAAAAUCAGCAGCACUCAAGAUCAGAUGGUUCACAUUCACAUUUGAGAAGACUGGAGGCUAAGCUCUGUGCAUGUACAUCCUCACAUAAACACAUACACACCAUCCUAUUCCACUGUAACAGUUUUGAACCUAACAUGCAAACAACAUGAUGAUAAAAUAAAUAAAUAAAUUACAACCCAAUUUAGUUGUUAGAUACAGAACUUUCCAUAACACAGGCUUUUUGUUUGCGCUGAAUGUUUCAUAGCUCGGUCAAGUUUCUCAUUGUAAUGAGCCAUCUGACCAGCCAUUUUCUGGCCGGGGUCCAUGGAGGAAAUUCAGCACUAUGAGUCAGUGCUGGGGCGAGAGGGUUCAGAUUACUGUAAUAAAUCAUGGGAAAUGAGAGGGAGGGGGAGAUGGAGAAACAGAGAGAUGAUAUGGGGAGAUAAAGGCCAUUGUUCCAAUGCCUGGGUUAUUUGCUUUCUCCUCUGAUAAGCAUUGGUCCGUUUUCUUUUGUCCAUGUCGAUAACGAGCAGAUAGGAUUCAGAGGGCUGCCAGGAAAUGCACAGAACAAACAUCACGAUAAAUCCUGCCUUUUCAACCUCAGUGUGUGUGUGUGUGUGUGUAUGUGUGUGUGUGUGUACAUAAAGAAUACCACUUACAGUACAUGUAUAGUGUAUUUAUAUAAAGUUUAUUUCUGGAUUAUACAUUCACCAACGUUAUGUAAACUGAGAGAGCAUGAUGAACAGAAACUCUAUUCAGGCUAACCUAUUGACUGUGUAGCUGCCGAUAUUACAUGGCCUUCUGUUCAAUGUGUCUAUUAGCGUCAACGCACUGUAAUAUCCAAUACAUUGUGGAUCUCUAUUCUUCCUUCUACACUGACUUACUGACUAUUUUCUUCCUGCAGCGUUCCGACAUUCCAUGACCUUCCGGAGGAGAUUCUAAGCAAGCUAGCUGAUGUCCUUGAGGAGGUAGGUCCUCUGUUGAAACAUUGGGCAAGAUUGUGUGUGUGGUCCUAAAUUAUGCGUUUGGCCUUGUCCCUUGCCCGUUUAUCAUAGAGGCAUUGAAGCCCCCUGCACUGCAGCCCGCAGACCUUGGAGCCUGAAGAUAUCCUUAUUAGCCACUGACAGCCCACCAUACCAGGCCAGGAAACAGAAAGUCAGCACACUCUCUAUAUGGCAAGUUUAGUAGUUGGAGAGUAUCUGGGUGUUGACAUUCAGUUGUCUCAGUCUGUGCAGGAGGUAGAGUCGUUGUUGGCAUUUAUUAUUGAUGUUGUGAGUGUUGACAUUAAAAGAGAGUGUGCUGUCCAUGAUGGUUCCCAGGUACUUACAUCUCCCCAAUCUAUCUACCUAAUCACAUCCCAGGAAUAGGUGGCUCACUGUGUCUGCCAUCCUCCAGAAGUCAAUGAGCAGUUAUUUUGUUUUGUUGAUGUUGAGUAUGAGGUAGAUGUUAUUGCACUAGUCAAGAACCCUGUUUACUUCUGUUUGAAAAUGCAGUGUCAGGGACUCCCAAGUGGUGCAGCGGUCUAAGACACUGCAUCGCAGUGCUUGAGGCAUCAUUACAGACCCAGAUUCAAUCCCAGGCUGUGUUACAGCAGGCCGUGACCGGGAGACCCAUGAGGCGGCGCACAAUUGGCCCAGCGUUGUCCGAGUUAGGGGAGAGUUUGGCCGGCCGGGAUUUCCUUGUCCCAUCGCGCUCGGGUGCCUGCAAGUUGACUUCGGUCGCCAGCUAGACGGUAUUUCCUCCGACACAUUGGUGCGGCUGGAUUCCGGGUUAAGUGAGCAGUGUGUCAAGAAGCAGUGGGGCUUGGCAGGGUCAUGUUUCGGAGGACGCAUGGCUCUCGACCUUCACCUCUCCCAAGUCCUUAGGGGAGUUGCAGCGAUGGGACAAGACUGUAACCACCAAAUGGAUAUCAUGAAAAAGGUGUAAAAGUAAAAAAUAUAAAAAAUGCAAUGUGUCAUAAUGUAACAACACAUACAAUUUUUAUAUAAUUCAAAUUCUUGAAGGAGUCAUUUAAAUUAUUGAAGGAAUCUCAUUGUUCAAAUACUUCAGAUCAUCACUUCUUGCUUAGAGUGAUGUUUAUACCUGUUCUCUGUCUUUAUCUGUAUUGUUCAGAUUAUCAAAAACAAAUUACUAGGGUAGUGAAUUCAUGACAGCUUCAGCUGUAAGCUAGCAAGGGAAGUUAGCGUACUAAGCUGGAAGCUACCGGUAUCUUUUUGCAUUGUAAAGUGUUCUAGCCUGUAAUGGAGAUUGUUUUGCAAACAGUAAUUAACAGCUGCAACAUUUCAACAUGCCGUGUUGCAUUAUUCAAAUGUGUUAACUUCUGUGCAGCAUGAGUGGUGAGCUAACAUGAUGUAGCCCAGACUCCCAGUGAGUGCAGUGGUUCCUCAGGACAAGCUAGAGCUAGCAAUGAGUAAGUGGAGCAGGGACGGUGCUCUCGUGCUAUAAGGGGACAUCGGCUGCGCUGAUAGGCAGAAUUGAUCCUCUCUCAAUCAGUAGAUGAUAUGAGACACAUUUGAUAGAAGUACCAAACUUUUUUUUAAAUGCUAGGACCGUACCGUUUUUCAUGUUCUAGUAUCGAAAAAGGAAAAGGAAAACGCUAUGUCUGGCGCAAACCCAACACCUCUCAUCACCCCGAGAACACCAUCCCCACAGUGAAGCAUGGUGGUGGCAGCAUCAUCCUGUGGGGAUGUUUUUCAUUGGCAGGGACUGGAAAACUGGUCAGAAUUGAAGGAAUGAUGGAUGGCGCUAAAUACAGGGAAAUACUUGAGGAAAACCUGUUUCAGUCUUCCAGAGAUUUGAGACUGGGACGGAGGUUCACCUUCCAGCAGGACAAUGACCCUAAGCAUACUGCUAAAGCAACACUCAAGUGGUUUAAAGGGAAACAUUUAUAUGUCUUGGAAUGGCCUAGUCAAAGCCCAGACCUCAAUCCAAUUGAGAAUCUGUGGUAUCACUUAAAGAUUGCUGUACACCAGCGGAACCCAUCCAACUUGUAAGUCGCUCUGGAUAAGAGCGUCUGCUAAAUGACUUAAAUGUAAAUGUAAACUUGAAGGCACUGGAGCAGUUUUGCCUUGAAGAAUGGGCAAAAAUCUCAGUGGCUAGAUGUGCCAAGCUUAUAGAGACUUGAAGCUGUAAUUGCUGCAAAAGGUGGCUCUACAAAGUAUUGACUUUGAGGGGGUGAAUAGCUCAAGUUUUCUGUUAUUUUUUUUUUUCUUGUUUGUUUCACCCCAAAAAAUAUUUUGCAUCUUCAAAAUGGUAGGCAUGUUCUGUAAAUCAAAUGAUACAAACCCCCCCAAAAACUAUUUUAAUUCCAGGUUGUAAGGCAACAAAAUUGGAAAAAUGCCAAGGGGGGUGAAUCAUUUCGCAAGCCACUGUAUCUGUACUUUAUUUACUAUUUAUAUUUUGGACAACUUUUACUUUUACUUCACUACUUUCCUAAAGAAAAUAAUGUACUUUUUACUCCAUACAUUUUACCUGACACCCAAAAUGCUUAGCAGGACCGGAAAAUGGUCCAAUUCACACACUUCCCUGGUCAUCUCUACUGCCUCUGAUCUGGCGGACUCACUAAACACAAAUUAUUUGUUUGUAAAUUAUGUGUUGGAGUGUGCCCCUGGCUAUCCGUAAAUAAAAUAAAAACGAAAAUGGUGCCUUAUGGUCAUUUGAAAUUAUUUAUACUUUUACUUUUAUAAUUGAUACUUAAGUAUAUUUUAGCAAUUACAUUUGCUUUUGAUACUUAAGUAUAUUUAAAACCAAACAGUUUAAAACUUUUACUCAAGUAGUAUUUUACUGGGUGACUUUCACUUUUACUUGAGUCAUUUUCUAUGAAGGUAUCUUUACUUUUACUUUUAAGUAUGACAUUUGGGUACUUUUUCCACCACUGGCUAUAGCAUUUGUGUAAAUCGCCUGCCAUUCCGUAGAAAAAAGAGAACCAUCCUGACUACAGUGGUAAAAUGAAACAAUGGGCUUAAAAAUAACAGACCAUCUGACCAACGUUUGGGACAAACACUGACUGUCAAACACAAUCAAAAACAACGAUAAUAAAAUGUUAACAACAUGUUUGUGAGAGCACCUCUGUGUCAUUCAAUACUUUUUUGUAUUCACCAUAGUACUGUUCAUUCUAAUGUCAAUCAGGUGCUGUCAUAUUGAUUUGGCUAAGACAUACUGAGACAUAUAGUCAUACUGCACUGUCGGAGCUAGAAGCACAAGCAUUUCGCUACACCCGCAAUAACAUCUGCUAAACACGUGUAUGUGACAAAUAAAAUGUGAUUUGAUUUGAUUUUGAUACUGUAGUAUGUGUGGUCAGACUGACAAAGCUGUAUUGGCUCAAUACUGUAUGCCAUUUCUCUCUCUCUCUCAUUCCACUCUGACUCCCUCAUACAGAUAACAUACAGAAUCACUGCCGUGGACUAAAGUACAUAAAAUAGUAUAAUUCCAAAGAGGAAAUACACAGAAAGGGUAUUGUGUAUUUUGUGACUGAGGAAAAUGUGUCUCUAUUUUAUUGUGUAAAUCAGCUACAAUUAUUUACAAUCAUAAAUUGGCAUGAACUUUCAAAAAGCAUCCAAUUACAAAUUAUUUGUAAUUAUCAAUGAUGUAGCACACAAGCUAGCCAAGCAAAAUAAAUAAACACUGUGUGGAGUCUAGUAGAAAGUGAUUAUUCAAUCUACAGUGAUCUAACCUCUAUUGAUAUCAGGCAUAUUGGGGCAGAUCGAUAGAACAGGAAUUGACUACUAGGGUGAACCAUGCAUUCAAUUUCUAUGGGCUGUGGCACAUUGGUCAAAGUGUGUCAGUGAGCUGAGCCCUCUACAAGCCCUCUGCUGCUAAUUGUCACACAGCUUUGUCUUAUAAUGGCCAGAUACUCACUCUCACAUACCACAUCCAACCAUCUUUGCCUAGAUAGACAGCAGUGUGUUUCACGUAGUCUUUACAGGUUAACACACCUUCCUGUGUGUGUGUGUGCGUGUGUGUGUGCACGUGCAUGAGGUUCAUGGAGAUGCUUUCAAAUUAAGAGAACAGGUGAGUGUGAAGAAUAGGGAGUGUGCAUGUACGUGCGUGCACAUGCACGUGCACCUGUGCCUUUGUGCUUGUGUCUGUGAAUGUGUGUGCUUUCAAAGGUAUGAUGUUCUCAGGUGUCAGAAGAAGCUUUGAUUGUUGCUUUGGGAGACUUUGCUUUUUGUUUGAUUUAUUCAGAGAAGCCCAAUUGAGACCAGAGUCUCACAAUGGUGCACCAUUUUCACAAUCAAGAAAAUGAAACAAGAAGAAUAAAAAAAACACAAGGUACAAUUAGAAUACUACAAUGUCAACAAAUAAAUCAUUACAGUUAAUCGAAACAACUGCAUCCUCAAUGAAUUAAUCUAACACCGGAGUCAUAAUCUGCCCUUGCUGCACCAGGGAAUCAAGAUGCAAGGAAUUUUGCAGGUUAUUCCAACAAUGGGGGGCACUAAAACUAAAGGAGGAUAUACCUAAAUUGGUCGAGACCAGAGGGACCUCAAGAAAUAACCAACCCUGCGAAAUGGGUUUGAUAGCUCAUUCUUUUAUAGUUUAGCAACUAAGUUAGGUAAGUUGGAAGCUUGUGUAGUAGAGCUUUGUACACAAAAAGGGAGUAAUGAAGUGAUCUAUGGGACUUCAAUGAGGACCAGCCAACCUUUUGAUGCGGUAAUGAGUAUUAAAACUGUCACCUGUGAUAUAGCGAAGGGCGCUAUGGUAGACGGCAUCUAAAGUUUUAAGAGUAGUGGCUGCUGCAAUCUGGUAAAUGGUGUCACCAUAGUCAAGGACUGGCAGGAAAGUUGACUGUACAAUCUGCUUCCUGCUAUUUCUAAAGAAGAAGCCCUCUUUAAAUCUUAGCUUUUUAAGUAGCACAUCUGUAUGUUUCUUAAACAUUAAAUCUUUGUCAAUCUAAAUGCGCAGAUAUUUAUAGGCGGGAACCCGAUCGAUGGGAGAACCAUCCAAUGAAUAAAUAUGAACAAACAUUUUUGUGAGAAUUAGAGAACAACAUGUAUUUAGUGUUGCCCGCAAGUACAAGUUUUAAACCAACCUGGGCUUUCUGUAAGGCAACAAGGUCAGAUUGAGGCUCUAACAUAACUAAGAUCCAAUCCUGAGGAAAAACUUUUUCACCAAGGCAAGGUGUCCAAAGUGUCUCACCCAUGGGGGGAUAGGGUGUAUUAGACAGAGGGAGUUGAGAGGUGUCUGGGUGACUCAUCCUUCUCAUUUCUCUUCUCCUCUCUCCUGUUUCAUUACAGACACACUAUGAGGAUGGAGAGUACAUCAUCAGACAGGGAGCCACAGGAGACACCUUCUUUAUCAUCAGUAAGGGAAUGGUGAGACCAUCAUCAUCAUCAUCAUCAUCAUCCUCAUUGUUAUCAUUGUCAUUAUUAUAAUGACCAUCUUUAAUGAAAAACAUGGAUUGUCACUGCUACCAUCAUCAUCAUCAUCAUCAUCAUUAACACGAUUAGAAAGCAAAUCAUCUGACACCAUCAUAUUGAUCAACAAGUCAGGUGUUGGGGGGUCUGGUGCAGUACUGAAAGUGGUUAGAGAGGGUGGUAGAGAUCCAGAGCUCUCAGCCAGACAUGUCACCUUCUGUCCCAGCUAAGGAGACAAAUAAGGUCAACAACCCAUUCAAAUGAUCAAGAUGUAUCUAUCUGUCUCAACUAGUAGAACAAACAUCUCUCUCUCUCUUUCUCUCUCUCUCUCGCUGCCCUUUAUCCUUCCCUGUCCACAUUCGUCUCUCCUUCUCUCUCUCAAUCCCUCUGUUUCUUUUCCUGGCUCUUCCUUUCCCUUUCUGUCCUCCAGAUCAUAUUAAAAGUUGAAUUAUCGCUCUCCUUUAGAUUUAUUCAGCGUGAUUAUGUGUUUCUGGAGGACGUGAUGUUAUACCUGAAUACAACUGGCUAAUGAAUAAAGAUAGAAGCCUUAAUUAAGACAAACAACCUUCUAUAUAUUUACUCUGUGUCAUGACUUCCUCCGAAGCUGCCACCUCUCCUUGUUCAGGCAGGCUUCGGCGUUCGUCGUCACCAGCCUUCUAGCCACUGCUGCUCUGCAUCUCAUCAUUCCAUUGGUUUUGUCUUGUUUAUUACACACACCUGGUUGAUAUCCCUUCAUCAGUACCUGUAUAAGUGUUCCCUCUGCCACCUUGUCUUUGUGUGUGAUUGUUUAUUGUGGAGGAUAGUGAAGCUCGGUGGAGCGCCGUGCAUUUUGUAUUGCCGCGAUAUUUCCCAGUGUGCCGUGUAUUUUCCAGUGCGCCUGUUUUGCGCACUAGAGUGUUUUGACGCAUUUCUGCGUAACUCUGUAAUUGCGGAAUAAAGCCUGUUAUUCUGUGAUUUACCCUCCAGCGCCUGACUCCUUCGACAUCACCUCAUCACACUCUGGUCAGUUCUGCUGGACCUCCAUUGCUCAGUUGUCAGCUAGCUAAUGACCUGGUCAGUGGCUCCUCACAGACCAUAGCACCAAGAAGUCCAUAUAAGAUGUAGAAGGAUUUAGCAUGCACAGAGAUAUCCAUCGCCCCUGCUCUGCAUUAGCCUCACUCUGAUGUUUAAUAAUGUAGUGAUUAGUGAACCGUACAGUUACAGAAAUGUACAUUACAGAAGGGUUUGAUGUACAGUGUAGCACAUGGCUUAUCACAGUAAAGUGAUGGCUGAGAUUGAGUCUGUCCCAUAGGUCCCUUCUCUCAGAAUGUGUAAUUGCUCACUCCCCCUCAUGGAUUUAAACUGGUACCCCCACCCCUGUGUCCAGGUGAAUGUGACCAGGGAAGACAAGUCCAACGGGGAUCCUGUCUACCUCCGCAGCAUGGGGAAAGGAGACUGGUUCGGAGAGAAGGCCAUGCAGGGGUAAGACUGAUAAACCCUCUACCCGCACCUCUCGCUCCCUCUCCUUGCCCCCCUCUCUUCUCUAUCUCUCUCUUUACCUCCCUCUAUUUCCUUCAUUUAUCUUACUUUCUCUCUCUACCUCCCCCUCUGUCUCUCCCUUUCAAUCUCUAUCCCUCUUCCUCUUUCUCCUUGGCAGGUGCUCUGUGGCAAUGGAUGCUAAAGUGCAUUAAUUCAGAAUUGUGACUAGAAUGUAUGUUGUGUGCAUACCCCCCAUUAACCACAUGCAUCUCAUGGCUUAAAUUAUCUCCCUCCUGACACAAUGUGAAGUGCCUUGAGAGCCAAAUAUGUUGGCACCCUUGCACUUUACAAUGGAGUUGUUCCGUUUUUUGCAGAAUGUUCCGUUUUUUCUUUUCAAAUCUAGUUGAAUGGCUAUUUUUACUUGGUAGGCCCCUGCAACUUACCACAGGUGAGGUAAAUGAGAAUCAAACAAAUACACGUUUAAACACCAAAAGUUUUCAAUUGAAUCUUAUUUUAGAAUAUAUAGUGAAAUAGCGAAGUAGUGAAUAGCCAAACAAAUUGCACCAACUCUUUUGCACUGCUUCUAUGCACACUCACUGGACUCUACCCACACAUAUCCUACACUGACACUCCAAAACACACACACACUACAUAUGCUUACACACACAAAACAUACACACACACAGAUAGUCUUGUACAGCUAACCUUGUGGGGACACACAAUUCAGUCCCAUUCAAAAUCCAAUUUUCCCUAACCCCUAAACCUAAACCUAACCCGUACUCUAACCCUAACCCAAGCUCCUAGCUGCUAACCCUAAUACUAACCCUAGCUCCUAACCCUAACCCUAAAACUAACCCUAGCUCCUAACCCUAACCCUAAACCUAAUUCUAACCCUAACACUAAACACCCUAGAAACAGCAUUUGACCUUGUGGGGACCAACAAAAUGUCCCCAGUUGGUCAAAUUUGUGUUUGUUUACUAUUUUUGUGGGGACUUCUGGUCAAUCAAGGGUUUUUCUUUAUUUCUACUAUUUUCUACAUUGUAGAAUGAUAGUGAAGACAUCACAACUAUGAAAUAACACAUAUGGAAUCAUGUAGUAACCAAAAAAGUGUUAAACAAACCUAAAUAUAUUUAACAUUUGAGAUUCUUCAAAUAGCCACCCAUUGCCUUGACGACAGCUUUGCACACUCUUUUGUGGUUACUACAUGAUUCCAUAUGUGUUAUUUAAUAGUUUUGACGUCUUCACUAUUAUUCUACUAUGUAGAAAAUAGUAAAAAUAAAGUUCUAAAACUUUUGACCGGUAGUGUACGUGUUCGUGAGAGUCACACCUUUCCACAUAUUAGUGUGUAUAGCAAACUGUUCGGACGCUACAGACAGAAGUUGGCAGAUCGGCUGUACCGACUUCAGAUGAGUCCCAAGAGGUAGAAACACGGAGAACACCAUCGUGUUCGUGAGAGUCUCAUCUUUCCAUGGAGGGGUCAUAAUAGUUUGUAGGCCAAACUGUUCGGACGCUACAGAUGAUUUUGUGAGAAGACUGAUUUUUGGGAUGUUUCAUGGUCUGACAAACAUUGCUUUAGCUCUGUCACCUUUCACCGCAGAGUGCGACAUCGGCAGAUGCGGUGGAUUGAGUGACAAAUACAUUUGAUUUGAUACUAUAACCUAAGAAGAGAGUGUAUCAUGUACAUUCAUCUCGUUGGUAGAUGUUCUAGGAAAAGAGAAACAUAUUUUUUGUCCCCGAUAGGUCAGCACAACAUCUGAUGUCAUAUUCUUCCUACCAUUGUGAGAUGUGAGCUCCCAUUUGAGGUGUAGAUCCAUCAACAGUUCAGACAAUGUGUUCUAUGCUGCACCAUUCUGUCAUUCGGGGGAGUAUGUUUGUGUGUGUGGUUGUGCGUGUGCUUGUGCUUGUGCUUGUGUGCAUUAAUGUGUGUGGGUUGAUAGGAGGGUCAGUAGAGGAUGAGAGAUUUUUAAAGAGUGUGACGUUGACAGAAAAUGGAAACAAUUUGAUUGGUGCUGGUGUCAGGCCCCACCCCAGCCUGUAUUUUCAUAACCCCCUCCUUAGGACACCAGAGCACCAUCCAAUUACCAGUUGAAUUCAAAUGCUCAACUGGAAAUGGACACCGCCGGCCGGCUCUCUGCUGUGCUGCUCUAAGGGACAUUUCAAACAUAUGCAGCUGCUCUCUCUCUCUGUCUCUCUCUCUGUCUCUCUCUCUGUCCCUCUCUCUGUCUCUCUCUCUGUCUCUCUCUCUCUCUGUGUUUACAAGCAAAUGUGAAGGUGCAAAUAAAUUAUUUGCAGAGGUUAACAGACAGCAGAUUUUUUUUGACAACUACUAUCGUCAAUAUCAACAAUUUGACAGCAAAAAAAGACAUCACGGGAUCCACUAAGGUCCACUAUCCCACCCACCGGGCUGUAUUGGGUUGUUGGUGUCUUAAUGAAAGGGAAUCACCAUGGUGUGUAAAUAAUACAAACACUGUGCACCUUUUUAUGAGGCAAAUUAGCACAGGUGGCAGCUUAGUCUCUGUGUGUGUAUUAGUUAGGGUAAAGUGCUCUGUUCAUUAUCUGAGAUAGAAAGCAAUAAGGAACUCACAGGGAUAUAAUGUGUGUGUGUACGUGUACGUGUCCGUGUGUGUUUGUGUGCAUUUUUUCUACAUGAAGAAGGAAAAAUAAAUGUGCCCUGUCCUCUUGAGACAGGUGUACCUGCCAAAACACUGUUGACAACAGUAGCACAAUGGCAGAGGGGCUACAUUUGGCACAUAGUCACAAUUCACACUGAGCAGGUGUUUACGAUGGCAAGUACCAGGAUGUACCACUCAGGGACUGGAUUUAGUUCCUUAAUACCCCCCUUCUCCCCCUUCAGCCUCCCUCCUUCAUAUGCCUUGUGCGUGCCCAUGUGAGAAAAGCCCCUCUCUCUCUCCUUUCACUGUGUCUUUACCCCAGCACUCCUAAAUGGUUGCCUCUUCUCUUUUUUUCUCCUCUCCUCUCCUCUCCUCUCCUCUCCUCUCCUCUCCUCUCCUCUCCUCUCCUCUCCUCUCCUCUCCUCUCCUCUCCUCUCCUCUCCUCUCCUCUCCUCUCCUCUCCUCUCCUCUCCUCUCCUCUCCUCUCCUCUCCUCUCCUCUCCACUCCACUCCACUGGUGAAACCCUUGUCGUUUCCAGCAGCUGUGACCUUUUCAGAUAGUGGGUGUUUGGAAAGUGGGUGGUGGUGGGGGGGUGUAUGAGGAGGCUGGAUGGCAUGAGAAGGACUUGUCACCUUGGUCCAUGUGAAAGAAGUUGCGUAGCUGUGAAUACAUAUGGGUCAUUCCUCCCCUGCUUUGACACCAGAGUGUGACUUGACUCACAUGUCAACAGCUCUAAUGGUGAUACGCGUUCUCACCGUUCUGAUGUAAAGCUUGAUUCCGUUCUUGUUUAGUACUGUAUUUUGUACUGUAUUUAGUGUAUGCUCGUCUUUUGGCAACAGAGUUUUCCUGUUAUGAAUUUGGAUAAAGUAGAAUAGGUUUCAAUGUGUCAUAGAGUGGUAUCACUUGACUCUGAGAUCUGCAAGUUUGUGUAGACAGCUUGCAUGGACUCGCCUACCCAGCUUUAAGUGUAGAUUUUACUGUGCACAGUGAUACGGUGUUUGUGUGUGAGGACCAGUCGUGCUUGUUAGACUGGAGGGCUAUGGAGUCCUGGGACGACUCAGACUCUGAGAGCGACUGGGGAGACGAGUCCUCGAAAGAAGAGGAUAUUGAUGGUUUCACUGACAAUACAGAGUAAAGCUGGCUAUACUUUGUUACCAUUACCUGUCGCUAAUGUCCAUGUAUUUGUCAAAACAAAGCUUUAUAAUCCUAUGAUGAAAUGUUUCGAUCGGAAAGUCAUUUUUUUAUAUAUUAAAUGUCUUUCUAUGGAAUAUUAUUGUGUUGAUUGUAUAGCAGUGUUUGAAUGAUUUAUCAAAAUUAGGAACAAAAUGUUUUUAUUUUGUAAUAAAAAAAAAAAUCAUUUUAAGCACAAACCUAGUCAUUAAUGUUUGAUCAAAUAAGGUGCUGCUGUAUUUUGAGUAAUGUUUGUUACUAAUGACUAUGUGUGUUCCAGGGAGGACAUCAGGACAGCAAACGUCAUCGCUGCAGAGACUGUUACAUGUCUGGUCAUUGACAGAGAGUGAGUGUUCAAAACAUCCUCAGUACCUCCUUUUGUAUUCUGAAAUGGUUUUGAUAAUUUGGUCAAGAAUAUCACAUAACAAAUGCCAUUUAGCAGACACUUCUAUCCAAAGCGACUUACAGUCAUGCGUGCAUAAAUUUUUUGUAUCAGUGGCCCUGGGAAUCAAACCCACAAUCCUGACAUUGCAAACGCUGUACUCUACCAACUGAGCCACUUAUUUAAUUAAUUACAUUCUUUCAAAUGAAAUUAAUGUUGAUCUACAAGAUAUGUACAGUAAGUGACAUUAUUCCUUAAGAGUCUAAGCUGGGGGGGGGGGUUCUACUAAGCAAACACAUGGAAUUGUUUUAAGAUGGUCAUACCAUUUAACUAUUUGUUCUUUAAUUUUAGGACCACUUUAGGUAUAAUAUUUUAAAUAAAAAAACAUUAUUGGAUGAAACAUUGAAUUUGGCCUUACUGCUAUUCGCCCAUAGAAAACAUGGAAAAACAGAUAGAAUAAAUUAAAACCAAGUUUGUUUUAAAGUGUCGUAUAUCUGAGCGAUAUAAGAAAGAUCAGGAUUUUAUUGGGACACUAAACUACUUUAAUGUAUACUGUACUUCCAUUAUUUUUUUAUAAACUGGUACUGGGCUACCAUCAGACGAGUCUUGUGAGGCUUGUGGGCACCCUAGAGCAAAACAUGUACAUUUUCAGAGAGUCUCACCUUUCCAUAGAGGGGUCAUAUUAGUGUGUAGCCCAAACUGCUCAGACGCUACAGGCUUUUUUGUGAAAAUACCAUUUUUCGGGAUGUCUCAUGGUCUGAUAAACACCGCUAUAGCUUGGCCACCCUCCAUGCAGAUGCGGAAGGCCGCCAUUAGCGGAUGCGGUAAAUUGAGACACAGCCCAUGUAAACAAUUAUAUUUCAUUUAAACAGAUAGAUUUUGAUAGGGAUUUUUUUAUUAUGCUAAUUUAAUUUCCACGGGUGUGCAGACAUCGACUCUAGGAUAAACAAAGUCUCAUUAUUAAAUCAUGGUCUGUCAUUGUGUCACCAAUAACACCAGGCAGUAUAUCAGUUAGCUGUAAUGCAAGAGCAGGGCUUGGUGGUGUCAAUUUAGCCCCUGUUAUGGAGCAGGCCUCUCAUGGGCAACCCUGUGUCUUAGUGAGUGAGUCAUCUAAAUGAGAGUGGUGAUUAUUAUGGUCUGUCUCUCUGUCUGUCACACAGACUGCAAAUGCUCUAUCACCUCACAUAGCCAGCUUGCCAUAUGUCACCCAGAACUGGUUGGGUUUGGAGCCAGGGUGAGAGAGACGUUAAGGGUGGCAGGCAGCCUGCAAUUUUUCUGGAAAGAAGGAGAGGGAAGAGAGAGGGAAGGAAAGAGAGAGAGAAUGAGAGUCAGGGGAUAAUGGUGAGAGGGAAAUUCCAGCACAGAUGUGUGUGCUUGCAUGUGUGCGCACUCGUGUGUGUGUGUGUGUGUGUGUAUGCAUGUCACCAUGUGGGUAUUUUGGGAAGAGGAUUUAACCUUGUCAGCCAGGGUUGUCAUCUGGUCUUUCAGCUGUAAACAUCUCAAUUUAAAUGCAUCUUUAUCAUUAUUAUCCAUCAUUUUCAUAUUCAUGAGUAUUAGCUUAAUGAUUUAUGGGUCUAGGGUUCAAGCACAUCCAAAUAGAGAUGAUAUAUGUAGGGAAUCUGGGUAUUAUAAAGUAAACAGAUGGUCUUGUAAAGUGAGACCAAGUGGUUUCCACUUCAAACAACAAUCUUAUAAAGGUUUAUUAAACAUUCAUAACGUUUUCAUAUGUACUAUAAAGAUGCAAUACACAGCUGCACUAGAUGAGUCAUAUGGAGAAUAAAUGGCUAGGGAUAUCUAUAGAAACCUGCCUAUUAAGUACAUCCUAUCAAUUACAAUUAUCAAUGGGCUGGAGCUGGAAUUGUUAAUGAACCACAACACCAAUUAGCAAUGUUUUUGUCAUUUAGACAACUGACGUAAUUACUUAAAGAGACAACAAUACAUACAGUAUAUAUCAAGAUAUAACAGCUUCUUCAAUGGAAUGGGAUCAAUGUCUUGAUCAACAUUUCUCACAAACACUGUUUCAAUUCCUGUGCUGCAGUUCGUUCAAGCACCUGAUUGGAGGGUUGGAGGAGGUGUCCAGUAAAGGCUGUGAGGAUGCUGAGGCCAAGGCUAGGUAAGUCACAUUUAUUUAUUUCAUUGUCUACUCAUUUCUAAUUUUAUUAGCUGGCUUUACUUGGCUUUGUGGUUUGGUAAAUUCUCUGGUGACAGACCUGGAAGUGAAAGUCGUGACCUCUACCGCACCCCUUGGAGGAACCAAUAUGUUAUCUGUAACCGUGGAAACAGGAGCAUAGCACCAGACACCAGGCACCCUGGCACAGGGGCACCUUGGUGCUUUGGUGUGUUAUUGUUGUUGGCAUAAAGAGAUGCCAGCUCAGAGCAGGGUAAUGUUGUGAGACAAGUUGAGGACAAACAAAAACUGUGGUUUAGACCAAAAACCGUGGUUUAAACAUGGUUUUAUGACACCUUUGGGAACUCUUUUGGUAGUAUUUUGUUCUUUGUUGAAAGUCAGUAUGGCAUAUUUAAACCUGUUGUUGUAAACCUUACAUACAGUUAUUUCAGGCUACAUGGCUGUGUGUACCUCAGAGUAUGGUAGAUUUGAAAUGUCAGCCUCCCAAACUGAAAUUCCUUUUUUGGGGAAGUAUAAAUUAAAAUAACGGUUCACUGUUAUGCUUACUUCCUGGAAAAAGACGAGAAUGGAGAGAGAUACUUUUGUGUUGGUCACUGUCGUGAGGCCUCCGUCUGAGACAGACAGUGAAUAGAGUCUGUCCUGGAACCUACUGUACAAUAUUCUGCAUUGUGUCCAAUAUGAUAAAUUGUUAAUAUCUUUCAGAAUAAUUCCAUCACAGGUUGUGCAGUUGGAUUCAAGGUGGUUGUAUACAAUACAAACGUUUGUGUUGUAUUGUUGUAUCUCAUAAAGGAUCUCAUCUUUCAAAAUGAAUUUGACCAGAUUUGCAAGAAACAGGGGGGUGUAUAUAUUUGUUUCAUCACACUUGUAUAGAAUAACUAAUUGUUUUUCAGAAUAUCUGCUAUUCUCCACAAUUCUACACAUUUUAAUGAAUUUAUUCUUACUUUCAUGCUCAACUACAGAAAUAAUAGUUUGGUUUAGCUAUUGCUGUCUUUUACCUGUGAUGAUAAUGGUACAAGUUCUCCAUCUAGUGGUCAUUAGCUAGUCUUACAACACCAAAUGAGCUGUUGACUGAGGUAGGGCUGAAUUGAGCUGUAACGCAUCCCUCCUCAGGUCACUUGGUCAGGAAAAACUCCUGGCCUUAACCAUCACCCCUUGACUUGUGACACUCUUGACAGAGAGAGGGGACAACUGGGUAGUUCCACCUCAAAAAGCACAAGAAAGAGGAUUUCGACAACCACCAUCUCGGAUUGUUCUGAAAUAGUUUCCUGCAACAUUAUUUUGUUGAAAUAUAAUUUGAUCUCUGCAAAAAAGCUAAUUGAUUGCAUUCAAAUUGGCCAUUUUAAUUUAUAGGAUUCAUAUCAUAUUCAAUAAAUAUAGUACCUAACAUCCGAUUUGGACCAAACUUUUUUUCUAACAAUGACAACUUAGACAUGAGGAAUCCAAAGGAAUGGUCAAAAGCCACCCAUGGACCACCCACACCAAUCCCACCCCAACAACGAGUAUAUAGUGUCAGUUCUCUGUGUCUGACAAGUAGUAUGGAGCUGCAGCUCAGAGUAUUGUUUCUGCAUCCUAUGUAAUGUAUUCCCAGUGAAUUUUGUGAUUUUUUUCCCCCAAUCACACCAUUAAGCUGAUAAGGCCCACUGGAUUAAACUAAAAACAAGAGAGGACACUGGGAGUUGGGGAUAUCGGCGACUGGGCGUGUGGAAAAUGGCCCUGUGUCUUGCCAGGACAAGGGGAGGGUGACCGUUCAAUUGAAUGAACAUGUCUUGUCUGUCCCUGCAGGUACGAAGUAGAGAAUUCUUUCUUCUCCAACCUCAACCUGGCUGACUUCAACAUCAUCGACACACUGGGGGUUGGUGGCUUUGGCCGCGUAGAGCUGGUAGGAACCACAGCUGCCACUUGCCGGCCUCCUGACCUAAUAUCAAGCUAUAGCUUAACGAAAGGUGCCUUGUAUAGACUUGUGUUGCCAGAAUGUUGAAUAAACUGUCAUUUGAACUUCCUCUGCCGGUUGUCCACUUAUGCAAAAAAUAUGAGACAAAGUAUCCACAGAAACGUAUCACUAAACACAUUUUUUAAAUGCUGGUACUGCCAUUCUAUCACCUGGCACAUGCGCAAAACCAUGCAAACACCUGCAUGAGCUUGAUUAGUAUGCAUGCAUCGCGAGCAUGUAUUUACAAUGUGUGUGCGUACAUCAGGUGAACAAACAAACCGUGGGAGACCCGUGUUUUGAAGUCGGUUUAAUGACACUUUCCUGUGGAUAUUUUGUCUCAAAUUUCCAACGGCAUAAGGACGAAUUUAGAGGACAAAUGGCAAAGUUAAAAUUAAAGUUUAUUCAACAUUCUGACUUGUAAAGGGACUGUUCACUCUUCUGGAAUCUAUGUUAGCGAUAAGUGUGGGUCCACACUAGGAAGCGUAAGAGGCUAAGCUGCCACUUACAUUGUAUUGCAUUGAUGUUUCAUUUAACCGUUGCUUAGAGCUAACAGUGCUCUCCUCUCUCCUCUGUCGACAGGUCCAGCUGAAGAGUGAUGAGGUGAAGACGUUUGCCAUGAAGAUCCUGAAGAAGCGUCACAUCGUGGACACGCGACAGCAAGAGCAUAUCCGCUCUGAGAAACUCAUCAUGCAGGAGGCCCACUCUGACUUCAUUGUCAGGUAGAGACUUGCAUGCAACGCCUUUCCACAGACACUUUUAAUUCACAGUAAAACAUACAGAGGACCCACCCUCCCUCACCACUGUCUUGAUAUCUUUGCACUCUGUGUUUUGUGUUCAGACUGUACAGGACGUUUAAGGACAGUAAGUACCUCUACAUGCUGAUGGAGGCUUGUCUGGGAGGAGAGCUGUGGACCAUUCUUAGAGACCGGUGAGUCUUAGGUCAAUAUUUCAACUAAUUUCAUUGUGCCCACAUGUGUUUCAGUGAGUCUGUGGAAGUGAUAGUCGAUGUGUGCCUGUUUAAAAUGUGACUUAUUUUAAAGAGGUUAUUGAUACUUCCUUCUCCAGGGGUUCAUUUGAGGAUUCAACCACCAGGUUCUACACAGCGUGUGUGGUGGAAGCAUUCGCCUACCUGCAUUCCAAAGGGAUCAUCUACAGAGACCUCAAACCAGAGAACCUUAUACUGGACCACAGGGGCUAUGCCAAGCUAGUAAGAGACACACAACAAUGUGGAUUCAGAGCUUGAUGACCUAAACCUCUAACCCUUUGAUAUAUUAACGCUGUAGGUUACCUCUAAGAAUGUGUUUCCCAUGUCCUUUGUAUAGGUGGACUUUGGCUUUGCCAAGAAGAUCGGGUUUGGGAAGAAAACAUGGACGUUCUGUGGAACACCAGAAUACGUGGCACCAGAGAUCAUUCUGAACAAAGGCCACGACAUCUCAGCUGACUACUGGUCUCUAGGAAUCCUCAUGUUUGAGCUCCUCACUGGCAGGUACAGACAAACCUGAUAAUUACUCUUAAAUAAAAGUGUAAGGCCAGAUGUUAAUUGAGAUUGGGAUAGAAUUGAGUGUCUAUCUCCACCCAUGUCUUCCAGCCCUCCCUUCUCUGGCCCUGAUCCCAUGAAGACAUAUAACAUCAUCCUGAGGGGCAUUGACAUGAUCGAAUUUCCAAAGAAGAUUACCAAAAAUGCUGCCAACUUAAUAAAAAAACUAUGCAGGUGAGUCCCAAACCAUUUUGUCCACACUCAACAAUUACUGUUGAAUGUAAUUUAGUGUUAGCAAGAUUAUUAAUGAUCCAUUGAUCCAAAUGUGUCCAUUUUAGGGACAAUCCUUCGGAAAGACUGGGAAACUUGAAAAAUGGUGUCAAAGACAUCCAAAAGCACAAGUAAGUUAAUGGUAAUGGAUAGCCAUAUUUAUCUACUCAUCUUCCCAUGUUUAUAUAUUUAAAGUAACUGUCCAGUGUUUCCAGAUUUCUAUGAAAUAUGAUCUGUAAUUAAUUACAAUAUGAGUUAAAUAGUUCUCCUUCCAAAAAAUUGAAACUAAGUAUGUUAAAAAUCAGUUUUUCUUUGUUGGAAUGGUGUGGGCGUACCCCAACAACAGAAUGGUGUGGGCGUAUACCGGUCAUUAAAAAUAUUCAUGCGAGUAGACGGCUGAUUGGCCAGCUCAUCCUCCUCAGGAGAAUGACAUCAUCCUCUAUGAGGAAAUAGCAAGCAUUUUUUAAACGGUCUGUUUGAGAUAAAGUUUGAGGUGGGAUUUUAGAUUUUAUUUAUUUGUUAUUUAUGCUUUGUCAACAACAUUACUUCGGUAUGAGUUACCAGAAUAUUAACUUUUAUAGGUGAGAUUUUCACUGGACAGUUACUUAAAAAAUGUCUAUACAUUUACAGAUGGUUUGAGGGCUUUAACUGGGAAGGUCUAAGGAAGGGAACGCUGACACCCCCUAUCAUCCCUAAUGUAAGUCACAAACCAACAUUUUUGCAGCAAGCUGUUUGCAUCAGGGUUUCAAGUGGCUCAAUUCUGUAUUUUUCUGUCAAUCAGGUGACAUCAUCAACGGACACAAGUAACUUUGACAACUUCCCAGAGGACAAUGAAGACCCGCCCCCAGAUGACAACUCUGGCUGGGACAAAGAUUUU